CGCCCAGCGCCAGCAGCAGCGUGGCAGCGGCCUGCAUCGCCACAACCUAUCGCCGCCGUCCGCCGCCGCCACCACCCGCGCCCGCCCCGGCCCUUCCCCCGGCCCGCCCCCCGCCGCGCCCCGGCAGCCGGGGGCACCGGCCCAGCCUCAUUCAAACGGCAGCAGCGCCCGCCAGUCCUGCCGGCUCCAGAGCUUCAGGAGAACAGUCUUGCUGUUGGUAGAGUGUGUUAACUGAAAACAUGUUGGCUACUAAGCUGUCCAGGCCCCUCCUGAACUUCGCUGUGAAAGCCCUGAAUUUCAAGGACCCAGGCAAUGGCUUCAGGCCUGCGGAGAGAUUUUGUUUCCCUCUCUUGUCCCCACAUGGCAGCCGCUCUUAUGCAAGUGAAGUUGAUCAGAUUGGCAGCAAAGCUGUGCUUAUAACAGGUUGUGACUCAGGGUUUGGAUUUGCUUUGGCCAAACACCUGCAUGACAAAGGUUUCAUUAUUUACGCUGGCUGCCUGCAAAAGGACAAGGGAGAGGGUGGGUCCAAGGAUUUGGACAACAUGAACAGUGAUCGAAUGAGAACUCUCCAGCUCAAUGUCUGUGACAGCAAAGAAGUUGACCGGGCGGUAGAGCAUGUCAAUAGAACCCUGCAGGACCCAGAGAAAGGGCUCUGGGGACUGGUUAACAAUGCUGGGAUCUCCACAUUUGGGGAAGUUGAGUUCACCAGCAUGGACACCUACAUGGAGGUAGCUGAAGUGAACCUGUGGGGGACUGUACGAACCACCAAGGCUUUCCUCCCACUCAUCCGAAGGUCAAAGGGUCGUGUGGUGAACAUCAGUAGCAUGAUGGGCCGGAUGGGCAGUCCUGCCCGGUCACCCUACUGCAUCACCAAGUUUGGUGUGGAAGCCUUCUCAGACUGCCUGCGGUAUGAAAUGCAGCCCCAGGGGGUGACGGUCAGCAUUGUGGAGCCUGGUAACUUCAUAGCUGCCACCAAUCUGUACAGUCCUGAGCGAAUCAAAGCCAUAGCUGACAAAAUGUGGGACGAGCUCCCUGAGAUAGUGCGCAAAGACUAUGGCAGAAAGUACUUUGAUGAGCAGGUCAGCAAGAUGGAGACGUACUGCAACAGCGGCUCAACAGACACCUCGCCAGUCAUCGAAAGUGUCGCCCACGCGCUCAUGUCCACGACCCCCUACACCCGCUACCACCCCAUGGAUUACUACUGGUGGCUGCGGAUGCAGAUCAUGACGCACAUGCCUGCUGCCAUCUCAGAUCGGCUCUAUGUCUAUUGAGGCCUCACACUCCUGGACUACCCAGGUGGGAAAUUUGUUUUAAAGAGAGCAAUGUACACAUUUCCCAUUAGUCCUUUUAAAAUUUUUCUAACCUCAUUUCAGAGUACUGUAUUUUAGCUCUAAAGGGUUCAUUUAAACAUCUGACAUAACAUAAAGGGAGUAAUUUGCGAGGGAUGCUUCCUAGGCAGGAGUACAUUACGUCUCUGCAGGGACAUUGAUUCCUUGCUAUUUAUUUCAUGUAAUCCUUUUUCUUUUUUUUGUUUUUUCACCCCAAGUGUCAAUUUAAAAUAAUUUAAACUGCAAUUGCUCUGAAGUGUUUUCAGGAUGAUUUCUGCUGAUGGCUGAACACAAUCUUCACAAUUCCUGCCUAGGAUGCAGCCUUCAUACCAUAAAAGAAAGGCCCUCCAUGCUGUAAUGGUGAACCACCGCCUCCUGAUGACAAGACCGUCCAACAGGCCUUUCCAGGCCUGAUCACAGUAGCCUACGGCAGAGCAGAGACUUCUUUAAUUUGGGGAUCAGAACUCAAAAUGCUGGAGGUGCUGAAACUGAGCAACUGACCCUGUCCCUUUCUCUCUUAGACUUAUAUUGAUGAAACCUUAGAGAAAAGGAACCAGUCUGCAUUUUUUGCAUGCUUUCUUUCAAAGGAGUUCAACAAUCCAGGGACUCAAUCCUGCAGACCUCUCCCACAGGAGUUUCUUACUCGUAUGAGCAUUCCCAUGAGUGUGAGCAGCUUUACACACAGGACUGCGGGCAUCAGGAUUGGCCCGUAGUAACACUUCCCUUCAACAGUAAUUGAACAUCAACUCCAGACUUAGUUUGGAGAAUAGUUUCACUCCGACUCCUAUCAUUUGUGAGGAUCACCACUGGGCAAGGGGAGACAGAGAGGGUUAUAGGCACACCAGGGAACGCUGUUCUUGCCAGGGACCUCAGAGUUACACCCAAGUAUUUGUACAGCACCUUGCACAGAGGGGCCUUAGCCUUGACCAGGGCCUACAGGCACUGUUGUGGUGCAGAUGGUGGUAACAAUAAGAAUUUUCAUUGAAGGAGUCACUCAGCUGAAAUAAAUCUAACAUGACAUAAAUCUAACGUCCAUAACAGUAAAGUUAAGAGCAGUUUCAUUUCCAUUAUGGUUGUUUACAUAUUUGAGAAACAUUUGUUUUGUACUGUAAGAAAACAAAAGAAAAAAAAUAGCGUAGAAAAACCUUUCAUGGAGAAUGCGGAAAGAGUUAAUUUUUUUUAAGCUCGAAAGCCAAAAAUAAAAAGUGAUUAACCAUUGUUAGUGAAGUUAAAAAAAAGAGAUCUCACGUGUUCUAGUAACAUACCAUGUCAUGAUCAAACUCCUUCAGCUUAAUAAAUGUAUACAUGAUUGGUAACAAAA